UGCUACAUUAUUGGCCAGCUCAGUCUCAAAGCAGAGAUUUUUAAUGUCAGUGACACUUUUAGAAUAAAGGAUUAUAAAAGCCACUAAACCAAAACCUGACCGUAGCUUCUACGGUGUGACAGGAAUGAUGUUUGUGGCUCAAGAUGACUUGAUGAGAGAUGCAUUUGACAAACGUCCAUAAAACACUGAAUAAUUACAGGAAGGCUAUUUUUAUAGGUUUAACUCACUACAUACAACAUUUGAAUGAACUGUUGAAAACAGCUGCAAACUGAGUUUUAGGUGCUUCGUAAAAAUAAUUCAAAUAUAAUGAAUUGUUCAGGUUUUGCUGACAUUUAGCUUCGAAGUGCCUGUGCACGAAACACGACUAAUGUGAGUCUGCAGAGCCUUUAAAGGUGUGAUGAGUUCGGAGGAAGAUGAAACCUUGAAAUGUUUCCAGUAAACUGUGUUGGAGCAGCUUUGUUGGUCUGUGUGAGGUCAGACGCUCACAGGUUGAUUUUCUCCUCCCACACAGUUUCUUUUCAUUCUUCGCUUCAUGGUCUGAGGUUAGAGUCCAGCCUCUGAGUAACACUAAUGUGUUGCUCCAGAGGAAGAAAGCCUUUCACCUCUCAGACCGUUUCUUUGAAUAUGCAUUACAUUUCAUUUCAAAUGUUUUUCUUCGCGAGUCCUUAUCACCUUGGUUACUGUUGCUAUACGACCGCCAAGCUUCCCAUCGUCAGACAUUCUCACUGUGAUGUGUUGGUGUCAGUGUUGAACAACGUGGACAUUAAAGCUGACAGCCCAGAGUGUGACGCCGUGUUUCACAUACACUGGAUACACUGACACCAGUGACACCAGUGACACCAGUAACAGAACCAUCACAGGAGCGAAGGCUGGGGUUUUACAGAGCUACAGACUGCACAUUAGCUUCGGACCUCUGUGUUUCCCACAGUGACUGAAUAUAAGUAACGAAGCUCCAGGUGUCUUUGUUGGUGUCCAGCAGCGUCGUCCUGUCCACGGACGCAGAAUCAGACUGUCACUUUGACUGGAUUUCUGUUUUCUGUGAGUUGUUAACACUUCAUUUUAUUCUGAUGUAACUGACGAACGGAUCAAAAGUCCACCGACAUCAUCACAAACCUCAUUCUGAUGAAAACUGGAGAUCAGACUUGGAAACUUGUGGCUGAGCAGCGACAGCAGCAGGUCCGUGGUUUGAUCCCGGCUCCUCAGGUCUGCACACUGAACCCUGAAAACAGAGCAGCCAUGAUGUGUCCUUAAACAGCUCGAGCUAGCAGAGAGAGGCCACGCCCCUAAUAUUGAAAACAUGAACACACUGUAAACAGUCCGCGCGCGGAGCAGAGAGCAGAUCAGAGCAUGCGCUCGGCGCGGCAGAGCAUCAUCUCCGGCAGCGACCGUGAGGCGAACUGUACGGCCGCGCGCCGCCCGGAUACCCUGGAGCUGUCAGGAUCUUCCGCGUGGAGCUCAAACGGCUCGGCCGUGGACGCGCUCCGGCUCGUGGAGCUCCAGCUGCCGGCUGCGGCCGCUCCGACCGUGGCGAUGGUGCCCGAGACGCCACGUCUAUUCCCCACCGUGGAUGUGCCCGACCACGCCCACUACACCAUCGGCUCUGUGAUUCUCGCCAUCGGCAUCACAGGCAUGAUUGGGAACUUCCUGGUCAUAUAUGCCUUCAGCAGGAGUCGCAGCCUGCGCACGCCACCCAACAUGUUCAUCAUUAAUUUGGCCAUCACUGACCUCCUGAUGUGUAUCACCCAGUCGCCCAUCUUCUUCACCACCAGCAUGCACAAGAGGUGGAUCUUUGGAGAGAAAGGUUGCGAGCUGUAUGCUUUCUGUGGCGCUCUGUUUGGGAUCUGCUCCAUGAUCACGAUGACGGUGAUCGCUAUCGACCGUUACUUCGUCAUCACGAGGCCUCUUACAUCCAUUGGAGUGCUGUCUCGGAAGCGGGCCCUCCUCAUCCUCGUGGCGGCCUGGGCCUACUCGCUGGGCUGGAGCCUGCCGCCGUUCUUCGGAUGGAGCGCCUACGUCCCCGAGGGCCUGAUGACCUCCUGUACGUGGGACUACAUGACCUUCACGCCGUCUGUGAGAGCCUACACCAUGCUGCUCUUCAUCUUCGUUUUCUUCCUGCCUCUCUUCAUCAUCAUCUACUGCUACAUCUUCAUCUUCCGCGCCAUCCGCACCACCAACCAGGCGGUGGGGAAGAUUAACGGCAGUGUUCACAGUCACGGCAGCACUCGUGAUUCCAUGAAGAGUUUCCACCGGCUGCAAAACGAGUGGAAGAUGGCGAAGAUCGCGCUCAUCGUCAUCCUGCUCUAUGUCAUCUCCUGGUCGCCGUACUCCACCGUUGCCCUCACUGCCUUUGCCGGGUACGCAGACAUGUUGACGCCCUACAUGAACUCUAUCCCCGCCAUCAUCGCCAAGGCCUCAGCCAUCCACAACCCCAUCAUCUACGCCAUCACGCACCCAAAGUACAGGAUAGCAUUGGCCAAGUACAUCCCAUGUCUUGGCGUGCUGCUCUGCGUCCGUCCUCGCGACCUCCGCUCGACCAGCAGCAGCUUCGUGUCGACGCGCCGCUCCACUGUGACCAGCCAGACCUCUGACAUCAGCAGCCAGUUCAGGCGGCAGAGCACCUUCAAGUCCCGCCUCUCCUCUGCCUCUGACAGCGAAUCGGGUCUGACAGACACCGAGGCUGACCUGUCCAGUCUGGGAUCCAGACCGGCCAGCCGUCAGGUCUCCUGUGACAUCAGCAGAGACACCGCCGAGCUGCCCGACUUCAAACCCUCGUCCAGCUUCAAGUCCAAGUUGAAGAGCCACGACUCGGGCAUCUUUGAAAAGACGUCCUAUGACACUGAGCUUCCCAUGGCAGGAGGAGGUGAACGCAGCAGCAUUUCAAAUAAUGGUGAUUUUACAGAUGGUUCAAGAGGCGCACUCGGCCGAAUCCCGAGUAUUGUCAUCACCUCCGAGUCCAGCCCUUUCCUUUCCACGGGUCGAAGUGGUUCCCGCACAGCUCGAUCGAAGGCGACCAACAGCAGCAGCGGUGGAGGUGCAGGGGCGGGUUCGGCGUAGAGCUCCACCCUCCUCUCCUGCUUAAACUCCUGCAGCCAUGUGACCACCUAAGGUCCAGGCAGAUAUUUGGGACUGUGCAGUUCAGAAAAAGCCAUCAGAGCUCAUCAGAUUGUAAAUCUGCAGGUCAUUUAUAGGUUUUACCCCAUUUGUACCGAUACAGAUGGAGACAAAUUCCAAACCCAACCUGGAGCUGUUUCACCAACGAACAAAACAGUUUACUUAAAGAGCAGCUUAUCACCGUGUAUACACAGCUCCUCAGCUUACCUAAAACAGGGUGUUUCCUCUCACUCUGUUUGGUUGUUUUGAGUGAAAGCAGCUGCUGUGAGUUAAAAUGUUAUAGAAUUCAUAUUUUGCAUUGAGUAUCUCUUUAAAAGGGUCUUAGAGCCCCUGAGAGCUGAGAGCAGAUCUGAUCUUUGAUUACACUGCAGCCACACAGACUCUGAGGGUGGAAAUGUUCAACGAACUCAGUUAAGUCUGAUUUUCUGUUUCUCAGUCAGACUGAUGAAAAUGCCUCUUCAGCUGAGUUCUCCUGUGACAGGUGAGGGUCUCUGUUCUGGUGACUGAGAGGACUUUGAGCUAAUGGAGGAGAUUUCUUCAUUCUGUGAUUCCUCAGUAAACCGUGUGCUUUCCUGCC